CCUAGAAAUUCCAGAACAGAAAGUAGAAACCAUUGCGAAUCAGAACAGGAAAACAAGUCUUUAGGCAACUUGGAAAAGGGAAACCAAAAACUUGCGCGUUAAAUUUCAGUAUAUCAAAGGAAACAACCAUGAUUCUACCGGCAAUUUCAUCUUCUUCUCCAGCAAUUACAGUUCGUAUUACUUGUCGUGUAACUAUUGGUUUUCUUUCUCGGAGAAAGAAAAUGGCCGUAUCUCAAUUCUCAUCUUCUUCACCAUCAACCUUAAUCUCAUGCGCAUCUGCAUCCACAACCACAAGCACAACAACGGAAACUGACGGUAAACCUAAACCAUGGUUAUUCGUUGGUCUUGGCAACCCUGGAAAGUUAUAUAACGGAACCAGACAUAAUGUGGGAUUUGAGUUAGUAGAUGCUAUAGCUGAAGCUGAAGGAAUAUCAAUGAGUAGUGUUUCGUUUAAAGCUCUAUUUGGAAAAGGCCAUAUAGGAGACGUUCCUGUUAUGCUUGCGAAACCACAAACUUUCAUGAAUUUGAGUGGUCAAUCGGUUGGUUCCAUCGUUUCAUAUUACAAGAUACCGUUGAAGCAAGUAGUUGUGAUAUUUGAUGACAUGGAUUUGCCUUUCGGAGCAUUACGUUUACUGCCAAAAGGUGGACAUGGAGGGCACAAUGGGAUGAGAAGUGUCAUUGACCAUUUCAAGGGUAGCCGUGAUUUUCCACGGUUGAGAAUAGGAAUUGGACGACCUACUGGCAAAAUGGAUGGUGCAUCGUUUGUUCUUCGACCUUUCAAUAAACAAGAGCGCGAAGAGUUGGAUUUCACUUUCCAAAAUGGAUAUGACGCGUUAAGGAUACUUUUGCUUGAGGGAUUUGAUAAAAGUGCUGCAUUUACUAAUUCUGCAUCAAAGUCCGCAUCGAAGUCCGAAUCAAAGUCUAUGAAACAGCUUGGUUAAAAUGUUAAAGUUUUGAUAAAUUAUCUGGAUAAGCAGAACCUUACAAUCUCCAAAGAAAAAAGGUUUGUUGUUCUUUGAAAUGGUAACCUGAAGCUGAAAACCAGGGUUUUGCCAGAGCCUGGUUAAGAGUUUCAAGCUUUUUGAGGUGAAGAAGCAUCUAAAGUUGAAUGAUCCAACUGUCAGCUGGAUUUCUCCAAUACGGAUCGCAUUGAAUUUCCCGAUUUUUUGUUCUGAUGUAUUUAUCUCAUUUUUUAUGUGAAGUAAUUGUUGCCUAUCCCAAACACUUAAUUUUCACUUCACAUCACAGCUAUAUCCCUGAAUGAAAAGCUUGUGGAAAAAUUUUCCGAGGAAUACCAGAAUAAUGUUCGACUGUUGGUGAAAUGUGAGCAUAUUUAUUCUGACUAUAGACAGGAAAUCUGAAACUAUUCGAGCUA